AUGUCGCCCAGCGCCUCCAAUAUCGCGGCCGCGCUGAUGCACAAUUAUGGCGUUGGGGAUGAGGUUCGCAGUCAGGUCAUCGCGGCGUUCGCUGCCAUCGCCUGGUAUAAUGCAAUUGAACUCAUCGUCCUCUGUUUCGUCACCUUCAAGCGUCGCCGCGGUUGCUAUUUCUGGAGUCUCCUCGUCUCCUCAGCUAGCAUCAUCCCAAACUGCCUCGGCUAUGUCCUUCUUUUCUUUCCAACCGGGGUCACGCCCUACUUCUGCGUCACAUUGAUCAUCUUGGGCUGGUAUGUCAUGGUGACCGGCCAGUCAGUCGUGCUCUGGUCCCGUCUGCAUCUUGUUCUACAGAAUACCAAGGUGCUGUGGGGAGUCUUGUGGAUGAUUAUCAUCGAUGCCUUUCUGUUCCAUGUCCCCACGACCGUGCUACUGUAUGGCGCGGUCGCUGCGCCUGACAGCAACUGGCUUGAUGGCUACAACAUCAUGGAGCGCAUUCAGCUCAUCGGGUUCUGUAUACAGGAACUGAUAAUCUCCGGUAUAUAUGUGUGGGAAACGACAAAACUCCUACGCCUGCGCCCCCAUGGUCGACCGCAGGGCAUCUUGUACCAGCUUCUUAUUAUCAACAUCAUCAUUCUCGUCCUCGACGUGGCGGUGGUAGUUAUAGAGUUCGUGGGUUACUAUUCCGUACAGGUCAUGUUCAAGCCGGUCGCGUACAGCAUCAAGCUCAAACUGGAAUACGCCAUUCUAGGCAAGUUGGUGGCCAUCGCUCAAAGUGGACAUUAUGAAGACGAGCUUCCCUCGAGCGCCCGUGGGGAAAUCACAAUUAACUCCUUUUCCUCCUCAACGGAGCCCCCAACAUCCUCUCGUCGUCAUCUGCGUGGCCAGUAUAGCCCGCCGUGGUUUUGGGAGACUUCACAACAGUCCAUCUCGGUGUCCUCGACGGUCCGAUAG